ACCAACGAAUCGGACCAACCAACCACAAGGACUGAAGAAGUGUGUAAGCAUCCAGAUCUCUCUCUCACUCUCUCUCUCUCUCUCUCUCUCUCAUGAAUAUCCUGUACAACUAAAGAAGUCAAAUCAGAAGAUUCAGAACCUGAUCAAGUUCUACUUGAAAGCCAUGAAACCCCCAAGAAACCCAGUUUCUCUCCACCACCUCCUCAAACCAACCUCCUCCAUUACUCUCAGCCGUCCAUUACCCCACCACAAAUCACCAUUCCACACACUUGUUUCCUAUUUCCUCACUGUUGAUUCUGCCCCAAUACAAACAACACCAGAAUCCCUCAUAAUUUCCACCCAAAUCCUUUCAUCUUCUUCUCUGAACCCCCAAGAUUCUAGAUCUAUCAAUACCCACUUGCCCCUUUUGCCUAAUCCAUUAAAACAAUCUAAACCCACCAAAAAAACCAACUUUAAAUCCGAAAUCCUUUCUCCAAACCACAAGAACAAUGAACCCAUCAACGCAUACUUUCUUGGUUUAUCUAACCAGUCAAAACCCAUCACCAAAAGCCUCUCACGUGAUCCAACGCUGCCCAAAUUUUUCACUCAAACGAGGUCCUUUUCAGCUGGAUCAUCAGACCCAUAUAAUCCGAUUCCUUUUGUUUCAACUGUGAAUUCAUCAUUGGAGAGCUCUCAGCCUAUCGACGCGGGGUCUUCGAUUCGAAAGCCAAUAAGCUUGUGGCCUGGAAUGUACCAUUCACCUGUGACUAAUGCCUUGUGGGAGGCAAGAUCAAGCAUUUUCGAAAGGCUGUCAAAUGUACCAAAUGAUGAUGCCCUUCCACAGAGUGAGUUGAUCACCAAAACUCCCUCACAAAGUAGGACUAGAAUUCUGUACAAAUUGUCAGAUGAUUAUGUACUUAGAGAGCAGUAUAGAAACCCCUGGAAUGAGAUUAGGAUGGGGAAAUUGCUUGAAGACCUUGAUGCUUUGGCUGGAACUAUAUCCUAUAAGCACUGUUUCAACAGUGAGGGCAAAACAAGGCCCCUUCUGCUAGUCACUGCAUCGGUUGACAAGAUGGUCCUAAAGAAGCCUAUCCGUAUUGAUACCGAUCUGCAAAUAGCUGGUGCUGUUACAUGGGUUGGACGGUCGUCAAUGGAGAUUCAACUAGAAGUGACUCAGUCUACUGAAGAAACAACUGAUCUUUCAGACACGGUAGCUCUUGUUGCAAACUUCACAUUUGUUGCUCGAGACUCAAAGACUGGAAAAUCAUCCGUUAUUAACAAGAUAUCACCUGAAACUGAAAGAGAAAAAGUGCUUUGGAAAGAAGCAGAAGAAAGGAACCAAAUGAGAAAACAAAAGAGGGGACAACAAAGAAAGGAGAUCGAAGACAGUGAAGUAGAUAGGCUGAAAGAGCUAUUGGCUGAAGGGAGGAUAUUUUGUGACAUGCCUGCCUUAGCAGACAGAGACAGCAUUCUAAUAAGGGAUACUUGCCUUGAAAACUCUCUGAUGUGCCAGCCACAGCAAAGAAAUAUUCACGGUCGAAUUUUUGGUGGGUUUUUAAUGCGUAGAGCUUUUGAACUGGCUUUUGCGACAGCUUAUGCUUUCGCUGGCAGUGCACCAUGCUUUCUAGAAGUUGAUCAUGUGGACUUCUUAAGACCUGUGGAUGUUGGCAAUUUCCUCCGCCUCAAGUCGUGUGUUCUGUACACAGAACUUGAGAACCCAGAUCAACCUCUCAUUAACGUGGAAGUUGUAGCGCAUGUUACGCGACCUGAAUUUAGGUCCAGUGAGGUAUCCAACAAGUUCUAUUUCACCUUCACGAUUCGUUCAGAGGCUAUGCAAAACAGGUCAAGGAUUCGAAAUGUUGUUCCUGCUACAGAGGAGGAAGCAAGAAGGGUCAUUGAACGCAUGGAUGCAGAGCGCUUGUAGUCUGAUAAUUCAUUUAUGAAUUUGUCUUCCGCUGAAGGAAAACACAAGCGCCAAAAUGUGCUCUACCUAAGAUCGACUUUCUUUGCUUUGUUUUCAAGAACCACCCCAUCUCUCUCGGCACCGUCCCCAAUAAGUUCUCCCUAAUUAUUACUCUCAUUUCUCCUUCUAUCUAUCACCAAUCAUUACUCCAAAAACCUCCCUCAAACUCCGGGGAAUCAUUUGUAAAUUUAACUUGGGUAGUAAUUUCUCAUGUGUCCAAAUAGGGUAGUAAUUUCUCAUGUGUCAUUA